AUGGCCAGUCGACACACAUUCUCGCGGCAUUUAAACUUGUUAGGAUACCGGUUUUUGCAAGCUCGAAAAAAGGGGUUAUUAACCGAGAAGGAUAGAAAAAGACGUUUAAGUUUUGCUCGAAAAACAAAGCGACUCUGUUUGGGACCAAAUGCAAAUUUUUGGUGCGACGAAGUUGCCUUUUACUUGGACACAUCAUUUGUACACAAAUAUAACCCUUUCAACGCGGCAAUGACGCCCAAGUCCAGGGUUUGGCGAAAGAAAAGCAAGGGAUUAGAAAUUACGACUAAAGGAUCUAAAGAGCUCCCUGGUGGACAAAGAGUUCACGUAAUGGUCGCUAUUGCUUAUGGGAAAGGAGUUGUGCUACGAGUACCGUACACAAAAAUGGACGGUCCAUUUUUUGCACAGUUUAUCAAAGAGCAUUUCCGUAUAGCUUUUGCCCGGGCAGGUCCUAAACAAAAAGGAAGGCGUUUAUUCAUACUGGAUAAUGACCCUUGCCAGACAAGUAAAGUGGCAAUGAAAGCUCUUGAAGAUAUCGAAGCAGAAAUGCAUGUGAUACCUCCACGUUCUCCCGAUCUAAACCCUAUAGAGAACAUGUUCCAUCUUGUGAAAAAUGACUUACAGCGCCAAGCUAUUUGCGAGAAUAUCAUGGCUGAAUCAUUCAGCGAAUUUGAAAAAAGAAUUUUAAAUACAUUAGAUAAGACUUCCGUCGACGUAAUAGAUCGCACAAUAGAUAGUAUGUCUGGAAGAAUUAAUGCUGUAAUUAAAUCCAAGGGAUUCCGAAUAAAAUAUUGA